AUGGAAGAGCGUGGGUGGCGUUUUUGUCUGCAAGAAAACUAUGACACUGGCGUGGAUAAGAACGAAGAGAAGGAAAACCCAACCGACCACGGCAUUGAGAAGUGUAAGCCUACAGAAAGAUAUAUACAAAAUCAGUUUUCUCUUCCUUCCCACUCGCUCAAAUCCACUCCCAAAUUUAAAUGA